AUGUCUGCAUCUCAAAUAGUUACAUUAAUUAGUUCGGAGGGAGACAAAGUAGUUGUUUCCAGAGAAGCAGCGUUACUUUCUGGUGUAAUUCGAAAUAUUUUUGAGGAAUCUGGAGAUGUUAAUGAAGCCAUACCUAUUCCCAAAGUUAAGACAAGGAUACUUGAAAAAAUUGUAGAAUAUUGCCAAUAUCAUGUUAAAAAUCCGCCUAUAGAAAUACCUCAACCUCUCAGGACUGCAAAUUUAGCAGAUGUCGUUUCUGACUGGGAUAACAAUUUCAUAAAUUUGGACAAAGAAACACUAUUUGAACUAAUUCUGGCUGAAAAUUUUCUUGAUAUCAAGCCACUUCUGGAAUUAAGCUGCGCCAAAGUAGCAUCACUUAUAAAAGGGAAAUCCCCAGAACAAAUCAGAAAGGAUUUUAACAUCAUAAAUGAUUUUACUCCAGAGGAAGAAAGACAGAUUAGAGAAGAGAAUAAAUGGUGCGAUGAAGCUUAA